AUGGUGAUGAGCCUUGUGAACCGUAACGUGGCCCGAAUCCUUCGCAACCAAACUCGAAAGGCGUCUGCAAUCUCAGUGUCAAGUUUUGUCCAGCAACAGCAACAGCAACGGCAACAGGAACAGUCUUUACGGAUAAAAAACUAUUCGACAGAGGCUCUAGAACACAAAUACCACGAAAAAUUAGUGCAAAAGGCCAAAGCGCAAGGAUUUGAAAGUAUAGACCUUCUCAAAGAGAAUCUAAAAUCUGAAAUCGAAGACAAAAAACGUACACUCAACAGAAUCGAUCCUCUGCAAGAACUGGCUGAUUACGAACAACGGAUGAAAAUGGCUAGUAACAACGCCAAGAUGACACAACCCAGAGGCCCCGUGGACGCUGCGGCAAGCCCGGCACCAUUCAAGACCCUAGACUCGUUUUUGAAGCUCGAGAAAAUCAAGGACCUUUCCAAGCAAGAAAUCGAGUUUUUAUGGCGUGCCCGUUGGGCCAACAACAACCAGGCUCUGAACGCAGUGGUACCCGCCACGGUGUUUGACCAGAUGUCCAAACACUUCAAAGCUGUUCCCACAUUCGUGCUGCCGUUGCCUCGCGAAAUCAAAGCCGAAGCUUCCGAUCUGCAAGGCAACAACGCAAAUGACAGUGACAGUCAGGGCGUUGAGCUUCACUACAUUCAAUGGCAAGUAGCUGGACCCACCACCGUCCACUGCAUCAUAACGUCCUUGGCCGAGUACAAACUGCACAAAGAGUAUGCCAAACCACAUACUACUUUCCAGUUCCACACAGAUCUUGCUCAAGAUAAACGCAUAGUGCUCAUGAACGGGCAUGUCGAAAAAGAUGUCAAUGUGUCUCUCCAAGAUGCCCAGCUGUUGCUUUUGAACAUUCAACGUUUCUACGGAGCCAUGGGCGAGGAAACCAUUCCUUCCAAGCAAAGACUCCAGCUUCUACACGAUUUCGGCAGUGGUUCGACCAAUUUCAGUGUAGAAAAGCUAAUCAGUUUGGCUCAAUCUAUGGACAUUUAA